AUGGCAGAGUCUAAGGAAAAAGAUUCCAGCUGUUUUUUCCGCGAGGAUGUUGACAAACCGAUGCUCCUUCGACUGCCAUACGCAAUACGCCGGCGGAUUUAUACAUUGGCAGGCCUCAUUCUGCCAUCCGCUGUCCAUAUCACGCUCUAUUCUUCCCAUAUCCCAGGGUCCCCAACUGCGUGGUCAGCCCGGGACCAAAAGUUUAAGGACAUCCCCGGUAACCAUCCCGUCACUAUUCCGAACCAGCUCUUCUACGUCUCCCGUGCGAUCUCGAAUGAGGCGAUAAAGGUCUUUUACUCCGAAAAUAUAGUGGGAUUGGACGAUUAUCGUGGCCUUUUGACACUCCAGAGGCUGAGCCCCUUGGCUCUAAGGUCGUUAUCAUCGCUUCGUAUAAGUGUUCUACCUCGUCGAUGUCCAUCAUUCCCUGCCACUAUAUCUGAGGAGGAUCUCUGUACACGGCAACACUCGUGCAAGCUGGUGGAUAAAAAUGGGUUCCAUGUGAACGAAAAUGCCCUGUGUGAAGUACUGGUAGCCCAGGAAUGGGAAAGAUGCUGCACUGUACUCGCAUCCCACGUCCAGCCGGGCCGUCUCAAGAUUUCUUUGGAAUUGCCCGUCUCUACGCUUGCGCUUGGUCCCACGAUAGUACACCAGAUUUCUCGACUCCCGACGUUGAAACAAUGCUCUGCGACCUUGACAUAUACAAGAGAUCGCAAACUCCAGCGGUUAUUGGAAGCCACGAUUCUGCGAGUUACCGGUCAAGUCAAAUCUUGCACGUUUCCUUUCAACGAUCUGCCCGCAGAGCUUCAGCUCAAGGUUCUCAGCCACACAGAUUUGUCCGCACCAGGCAGUCUGACACGGAUAAAUAAGCGGCAGUUUGUUUUGGUCCCAUGCCUCGAAAUGGUAUGUUUGGGUGUUCUGAAGAAUAAAUCAUGUCAUCUUCGAGGCGUUGGGAAUACUUAUAUGCACGAAUCGAACAGUUUCAAACAGUGGAUCAAUACGCUUAACUUUAUCAAUAAGCGCAUGAAUGUGAGGAGCCUUGUUCUUUCACUUCAUUUGGAAUUCAGUGAGGAAUGGACAGUUGGCUUCUUGGAACACACACCUCACCUUGAUGAAGAAGAAGAGAAGCCUAUAAAUUCGAAACUUGACAUCCCAGGCACCUAUCGACGAAUAGUUGAAUCAGUUGCCCGAUUAAAGGGGCUAAAGGACCUUUUUGUGCAUAUUGGAAUGGAAUGGGACGAAGAGGAAGCGUUUCUUGAACGCAUGGUGAUGGGGCCCAUCAUAUAA